AUGUGCUGGAAUGGUGUUUGGCCUGAUGAUUGGUGUCAAAGGUUUACAGUGCUUCAUACUUCUCCGUUACCUUUAUUGACCUCUGUUCAUGAUAGAGUUCUAUGGGGGGACGAUUACAAUGCUUGUUCGGAUUUUACGGUGACUAAUGCUUGGGCUUCUUUAGAGGGAAAUCAUCUUGUGGUCCCUUGGUCUAAAUCGAUAUGGUUCUCGGGCCAUAUUCCGAAGCAUGCAUUCUGUUUAUGGUUGGCUUGUCAGAGAAGGCUUCCUACUCAAGAUCGUUUACAUUGGAAGGAUGAACCACCGGAUUUGGAGUGCUUGCUUUGUGGUCAAUGUAUGGAUAGCCAUGAACAUUUAUUCUUUCAAUGUUCGUAUGCUGGAGAUGUAUGGACUAGCAUCUUGCAUAGUACGGAUCUGAAGGAUAUGCCGUCUAGGUGGGAUCAGAUUUUAGAAGCUAUCUCGGAUUCUAAUCGUCAUCCGAAAUUAUUAAAGCAGAAGCUUGCGGUGGCAGCCGCUGUUUAUUAUAUUUGGCAAGAACGAAAUAGAAGACUCUUUACUGAGGAUCGCCGCACGACUCUGCAACUUAUUACAGUUAUUAAGGAUUCUAUCUCCAUUCGUGCGGAGUGGUUGGUGUGUCGUCGUGUGCGUAAUUCGGGUUAA